GCUAUUUAUGAAAUUGUUGAGAAUAUUAGAAAGAAUUUAAUUAAUGCUGACGUUAAAAAGCCAUACCUGUCAAACCACAGCCAAAGAACCUUUAAUAGAUUUAAAAAUAGAGACUCCUUACCUUUGUUAAUGCCCCCUACAUGGUCUUGGCAUGCCUCCGACGCAAAUUCUAUGGGAAAGUUUCCGAACAAUCUUCCCAAAAAAAUUUUGGAUCGUAAUUUAUAG